UGAAGAAAAAAAAAACAUUUGUAAUAUAAAAAUGACAUUAAAAAAAGAUUUAACUUUGGUCAUGAUAAUAAAUGAAAAUAAAAAUCAAGUUUUACUUGGAAUGAAGAAACGAGGUUUUGGUUGUGGUCGUUGGAAUGGGUUUGGUGGAAAAGUCAUUGAAAAUGAAAGUAUUGAAGAAUGUGCUAUUCGUGAAACAUUUGAAGAGUGUGGGUUAACUAUUGAGAUAUUUAAUAAAAUUGGUAACAUAAUCUUUGAAUUUGACAAUGAUCCUGUGCUGCUGAAUGUGCAUGUUUUUCGUUGUGAUUGUUAUUCAGGAGUAAUAACAGAAAGUGAUGAAAUGCAUCCACAGUGGUUUAACUAUUCAGAUAUACCUUUUGAUCAAAUGUGGCCUGAUGACUAUUUAUGGUAUCCACACUUGCUCAAAAAUGAAAAGUUUAAAGGCUAUUUUUUGUUUGAAGGUCAUGAUAAAAUUAUAAAAGAAGAAGUGCAGCUUGUAGAUGAUAUUUAAAAUGAUUUGAUUUAG